GCCUCACGGCUGCAUUCUUGUUGCUUCCUGGGUUAAUGAUUGCUGGGGUGGUGAAGUGCUGCCAGUCUCCAGCACACAGCAGUUGACCUCACCUUUGCCUGCGCUGCGGGGUGCACCAUGGUGGAGGUGAUGGUGACACCGAGCUCCUCGCUGGCUGACCAGACGGUGCAGGUGGUGGUUUCUGGGCUGGCUCCCUCACAGUUGGUGACUCUGCGUGCCUGGCUGAUGGAUGAGCAUGGCGAGCGCUUCCAAGCACGUGCAUUCUACCGCUCUGAUGAGGAGGGCACAGUGGAUGUUGGGCGGCACGCUGCCCUGGGGGGCAACUACACCGGCGUCUGGCCCAUGGGGCUCUUCUGGUUCCUGCAGCCUGACAGCCUCUUCAAGCGCCUGGUGAAGCGCGAUGUGAUGGGCAGCCCCUUCCUCGUCCACCUGGAGGUGUUUGAUGGCCUCCGCCUGGUGUCAGGGCAGCAGGAUGAGCCUCUGGCCACCUGCACCACUGAACGGUGGUAUGUGGGCCCUGGUGUGCAGCGGGUGCCCAUCCGUGAGGGGAGGGUGCGGGGGGCCCUGCUGCUGCCACCAGGCCCAGGGCCCUUUCCAGCAGUGAUCGACCUGUUUGGGGGUGCGGGUGGUCUCAUUGAGUUCCGGGCUGGGCUGCUGGCCAGCCGGGGCUUUGCAGUGCUGGCUUUGGCUUUCUUCGCCUACGAGGACCUCCCCAAAGGCCUAACCCAGCUUGACCUGGAUUAUUUCGAGGAGGCUGCUGAGCUGCUCCUGCAGCACCCCAAGGUGCGAGGCCCAGGGCUGGGUGUCAUUGGUGUGUCCAAAGGGGCUGAGGUGGCUCUGGCCAUGGCUGCCUUCCUCCCACAAGUGGUGGCCACAGUGUGGAUCAAUGGCACGACCUUCCUGUAUGGCAACCCGCUGCUCUACAAGGGCCUCCGCAUCCCUUCCAUCCCCUACCAGACCGAGCGCAUGCUCUUCACCGAGCUGGGUGCCAUGGACAAUUCGGCCAUCUUUGCUGACCCGCGCAGUCCAGCCUGCAGCUCCUCAGCCAUCCCAGUGGAGAAGAUCCAAGGCAAGGUCCUCUUUGUUGUGGGUGAGGCCGAUCGCAGCUUCAACAGCAAGCUCUUUGCCCAGCUGGCCACAGAACGCCUGCCACAGGAUGCCUACCGCCUGCUGUCCUACCCUGGGGCUGGCCACCUCAUCGAGCCUCCUGGCUCACCCCUCUGCAGCAUCUCCAGCCUGCGUGGCAGCCCUCUGCCUGUGGUGUGGGGUGGAGAGCCCCAGCCCCAUGCCAGGGCGCAGCAGCAUUCAUGGCAGGAGAUUGUGCAGUUCUUGGAGCUGCACUUGAGCCCUGCUCCUGCUAUCAAGCUGUGAGCUGCACAAUAAAGGCAAUGGUUGCACUCGGGGCACGUUGGGA